UUAUUGUUUCAGUGUGUCCUCGUCAUACAGAGGUAGUUAGGCCUAUCGAUACGACCAGCGAUAGUCCCAUGUGCUAAGUCUAAUCCCAACUGAAAGAAUUUAUUACACACACUUUACCAGCUCUCGAUAGCUGAACUGUGUAUUUGACCUGGGAUUUUUCAUGGAUAGUAAAGGACACUGUGACAGCCUUUAUAGUGUAAGGUAUAUAGUACGCUCGAGCUCUAGGACCUGUUCAAAACCAGCCAACUACAUGUAGCAGCAGUCGAGAUCGCUGUGGGACGGAAUGAAAAUCGAAGUCGACGAGAUCGGGAUCGAUUGGGUUCGGCUAUUGUUGGUUUGAUGAUCGUCUUCCAGUGCGGGCUCACUCCAGCCUCCUCGGUCAGCAUGGUGUGAUUGGAACCUUUCGGGAUUAUUUAAAAUGAAUACAGUAUGUUCCAAAUGUGGAAAACCCGUGUACUUUGCUGAACGUAAAACCUCGUUGGGUAAGAACUGGCACCCAACAUGUUUGAAGUGUGAAGAGUGUGGCAAAAUCCUGGCACCUGGUGCACACGCUGAGCACAAAGGAUUGCCAUACUGCCACCGACCGUGCUAUGCUGCUCUGUUUGGACCUCAGAUGGUCGGCUAUGGAUCUAAUGUCCACUCUCCGGCCAACUACAGAAAGAGCGGCGACCAUGGAACUCUCUAUAACGAGGAAUUACCCUCAUUCGCUCCCAAAAUGGUUUAUGAAGUUCGUGUUAACGAAAAACGAACAGAAGUGAUUCGAAGGAGGACGAAUUCUAGUCAGACUACAGUGUCCUCUAUGGAGUCCGAUUCAUCCCCGUCUCUGCCACAGUUUGAUUCAGAAACACAAGAACUGUUACAGAAGAUUAAAAAUUUUAACAGCUACUAUGAGGGAAAGAAGAGGCAAUCACUAUCGGCCAACACAAACAGUCCUGACCUAGUCAUACAGGGCCCCCUCAGGAUCUACUGGGGUGUUUUUAAGCCCAUACAGCUGCAGCACUGUGACAAUGUGCCAUCUAACUUACACCAAACAAACUGGCGACAUAGCUUCAUCCCGGGCGACAUCCGCCAAGGCCAGGCCACUGACAAUGGCACCCUGCGUCAGGCUUCCGAGGACCCUGGUCAGUCAACUUCAUCACGAGUACCCGACCUCCUGGAGAAUCUGCCUAAGCUGUCUUUAGAAGAACCCUCAUCCCCAAGUCAUGCCAAUAAGGGGUUUGAUGACAGCAUCAUUCAAACCCCACCUGAGGGCGUGGUGAUGCGUAGGAAAAACAUCAAGAAAUUCAACACGGUGGCAUACCGGGGAGAUUCACGACCGAAUAAGUGGAAGCGAGCGUCAAUCAAUGGUCACAUCUACAACUUUGAUACACGGGUAUUUACACCAGUAAUGGGCAGCUGUACUAGUGUGACUGUCGACAGUACAUUCUCAUCUCCAGAUGUCAUCAAAACACUGCUUGAGAAGUUCAAGAUUGAGAACCGACCAAAUGAAUACUCACUAUAUUUAGUAACGGAAAACGGUGGAGAAAAGCUUUUAAGGGAUACAGAUAUACCACUGCUGGAGAGGGUGGCAUUAGGACCCGAUGAGGUCUCAAAGGCCAAGAUAUUCUUGAGGGACAAGGUAGCCACGCCCAGGAAGGGCUCUCUCGUCCAGCUGGCAGUGCCAGAUGUAGUGGUCGAGGAGGAGGAUGUAGAGGAACCUGUGCCAAAACCAGAAGCACGUUUACCACAGGAGGUGGAACAACUGCUCUCCAUACCUGAGCCAGUACUACGAGGUAUCCUUCAAAAAUUUAUCAAAGAUGAAGAAACUGAUGUACAGAUUAUCAGAGCAAGAUUUGCUGUGGCAAAGAAGAGGAUCAAACAGGAACUAGCCAGCAUAAAAACAAAGAUGUGACCUUUCCUUGUGAUGUAGUGGUAUAUAUCAGGUUCUUGUGAUACUCGAUUUGUUUGAGGUAAACUUUAUGACUGUUGUCUACUUCAGUGAUACCAGUUUUAGGUAUCAUAUCACACAGGUGUUCUGCAUCUGGUUAGUAACAAUAGAAAAAUAUUAGCCCCUAAGCCUAUUUCAAACAAGGUGUAACACUUGAAAUGUUGGGGUGAGCUUCAAUUCCGUUAAAUCUGAAUAAAAUAUAAAAUACACACAUACUUCAUUAACGUACAUUGGUUUAGAAUCCUUAAAUAUCAUGCAUGUUAUCCUUUUGUCAUGUGACAAUGAUUUAAAAAUGAGAAAAUGGACCAAAAAUGGUCCAGCUAGCAAACUAUGUAUCGACUGUGAAACAAAAAUAGCCUAUCUAUCAGAGCAGUUUUGCGACAGCCAAUCUGAUUGGUUGACGGCUGAUCAGUAAUAACCAGAUGUAGACGCUUGUGAAUAUAGAUACUCCCACAAUAUCCACGGGGAGUAUGAUGAUGGAGACAUCAAGAACAGUUGAUGAUCAUGGCAGUCCUGAUAUGAUAUCAGUAUAUUUGUCUAUAAUUUAAUUUACGGAAAGGUUCCAGCAUGGUUGAUAACUGAUUUUUAAGAUUUUGAUAUACUUGUAUAUGAAUAAUAUUUAAGUUGGUGUUUUGCAACUUCCUCUUUAUGAUUCUCAAUAUUUUAUUUUUUAAAAAUCUCUCUAAGGAAUCUUGAAAGGGAAUUUAUGUAAAAAUACGUUAUUUAAAAAAAAAAAAUUUGUUAUAUCAUAAAAUAUUAUUUCAUAGUUUUUAGCUGAAGCUGAGGUUGAACAUCUCUUUAACAUUUUUGUGAAUUUUUUUUAGAUACUUUUAAUUCAUUAAUCUCCUAUGUAUUUCACAUAUUUAAUUAGACUAUUUCUUAAUUUUAAAAGGAACAUAUUUGACCAAGUUUAUCCUCCUUUAAUAUACUCAGUUUAUAAUUUUAUGUUCCUUCAAACUAUACUGCUGCACACAAAGUUGUCAUGAUUUGAAUUAUUGUACAAAUGCCAAAUAUUUCUUACUUAGGUUUUACGGUGAUUUUGUUUCCCAAUUGUGAUAUUAUUGGUGUGUUUUAAGAUGAGGAGAUUACUGAGUGAGGAGGGUGAUUGAUUUACAUGCGAGAUUCUGUAGCAGAUUCACUACUACCAACCAUGGAAAUCCUACAACAAUAGAUCUUAUAGCACUUGAAAAUCGAAUCUCAAUUCAAAUCAAAACAUAGAAAUUUAUUAAGGUUAGAUGAAAAUACACUGACUACUGUAUACUGUAUGUAUACCUGUCAACUAUUCAUAUCUUUGUGGGAAUUUUCUAUAAAAAUUGUUCUUUUUUAUUUAUUCUAAUUUAAAAUUGAAAUAAAACUUAGGUUAAAAGCUACUUUUUAUUAUAAAAUGAAGGUUUUAAUUUUGAAGAAACUGUUGGAUUUUGCGUUUUAUCCGAAUUCGGUUUGAAUAGUUGAUAGGUAUGUUGAGACUUCGUCACUGAGAAGGGGAAAUAACUCUGUUGAGUGUACAUUAUAGUAGAUAUCUUCUGUUAGAGAGGAAGAACUUGAUUGUAUAAAUAUUGAUUGGUAUAAUGGGGUUUGUGCCUUGGUUUUCAUCAAAUAUUCAAGAUACAGAUGGUUGUGACCAAAGAUAGAAACUCUAAAUUUUUUAACUAGUAGAACAUUUUGUACGAAAUACCAUGCAUAUCUUAGAAACCUUCGACCUUUAUAAAUGUUGUUGUUGACAUACUAUUUCAGUAUCUGUUGUAUUUUAUUACUUAAUAAUAUCAUUUAUAUCCAAUGUUAUUGAUAGUAGCACACAGGAACACAAACUUGUGUUAAGUACAAUUAUUUGCCUGGCUUUAAUGAAGAUGUUCUAUGUACUGAAAACACUGAAUAUUAACCUGUACUGGAGUUCUCCAUUAUAAUCAAACAGUCGGUUUAUAAUAUUUAAAAAGUGCAUGAAUUAUGCUGGAGUUUGUUGUAGUAGUUAAACGUUGCACAAAAUAUUCUGGCCAUCACUGUAGUUGUAAUUCCAUACCAGAGACUGCUAUAUUGGUUCAAAUGACAAUAACCUAGAGGUCAUUAUUGAAUUAAUGUACAUUUUGACGUUACACUCUGUGUAAAAAGCUAUAUCAUGUUACAGUUAAAGUCUUCCAUAGGUAAUACCUAAUCUAAGUCGUUUAAUGUACUGUAUCAGUUCCUAUAACAACAGACUUAAAUUAAUUUCCAUGUUAUAUAUGUGUACAUUUGUUUUGAUUUGGAAAAGUGGAAGGAAGCAAGAUUA